AUGCACAAGGAGGUUCCAGUCUCCGUUUGCUCAGAGAGUUGUCCUCCAGGAACUCGCAAAGUGUUGCAGAAAGGAAAACCAAUCUGCUGCUACGACUGUAUACCAUGUCCUGAAGGAGAGAUCAGUAAUAUGACAGAUUCUCCUGACUGCUUCCCAUGCCCCAGAGAGUUCUGGCCAAAUUCAAACAGAGAUGCUUGUUUCCACAAACCUGUGGAGUUUCUUUCCUUUAACGAAGUCCUGUCAAUCAUCCUGGCUACACUCUCCAUCAGUGGAGCAUCUCUGGCCAUAAUUACAUCAUUAAUUUUCUUCCAUCACAGAACAACACCAAUUGUCAGAGCCAACAACUCUGAGCUGAGCUUCCUACUGCUCUUCUCUCUGACUCUGUGUUUCUUAUGUUCACUAACUUUCAUUGGAGCCCCCUCUGAGUGGUCCUGCAUGCUGCGGCACACAGCGUUUGGCAUCACAUUUGUUCUCUGUAUCUCCUGUGUUCUUGGCAAAACUAUAGUGGUUCUAAUGGCCUUUAAAGCUACACUUCCUGGUAGUAAUGCAAUGAAAUGGUUUGGUCCUCCACAACAAAGGAUGACUGUAGUGAGUCUGACUUUAAUUCAGAUUAUUAUAUGUAUCAUAUGGUUGGUUGUGAGUCCUCCCUUCCCAGUGAAAAAUCUGAGCACCUACAAGGAGAAGAUCAUCCUGGAAUGUGCGUUAGGCUCUGCUGUUGGUUUCUGGGCUGUGCUCGGCUACAUCGGCCUGCUGGCUGUGUUUUGCUUUGUGUUAGCUGUUCUAGCUCGGAAACUAC